GCUGCGGCGCGGUCUUCGGGCAGGCACGAUGGCCGAGGUGGAGCACCAGUUUGGCGCCACUCAGAACGGGCACGAAGCGGAGGCGGUCGAGGGCUCCGCUUGCGGCAGCGGCGGCGACGAGGAGCAGCAGCAGCAGCAGCAGAUGGAGGAGGAGGAAGAAGAGGUGGUGGCGGCCGCCGGGGAAGAAGAGGAGGAGGAGGAGGAAGAGGCGGCGGCGGCGGCCGAGGCUGGGGACGGGGGAGAGGAGGGGCAGUCGGCCGCCCCGGCGGAGGCGACCGGCAGCCAGAACGGAGCCGAGGGCGACCAGAUCAACGCCAGCAAGAACGAGGAGGACGCGGGGAAAAUGUUUGUUGGUGGCCUCAGCUGGGAUACAAGCAAGAAAGACUUAAAAGACUACUUCACAAAAUUUGGUGAAGUGACUGACUGCACAAUAAAGAUGGACCCAAAUACAGGAAGAUCAAGAGGGUUUGGGUUCAUUCUCUUUAAAGAGGCAGCAAGUGUUGACAAAGUUUUAGAACAGAAGGAGCACAAAUUAGAUGGACGAGUGAUUGAUCCUAAAAAGGCAAUGGCAAUGAAGAAGGAUCCUGUGAAGAAAAUAUUUGUUGGUGGACUUAACCCAGAAGCAACAGAAGAGAAAAUCAGGGAAUAUUUUGGAGAAUUUGGAGAGAUUGAAGCAAUUGAACUUCCAAUGGAUCCAAAGACCAAUAAAAGAAGAGGGUUUGUGUUCAUCACAUUUAAGGAAGAAGAGCCAGUCAAGAAGAUUUUGGAGAAAAAAUUUCACAAUGUUAGUGGCAGUAAGUGUGAGAUAAAGGUAGCCCAGCCAAAAGAAGUCUAUCAACAACAGCAGUUUGGUUCUGGGGGUGGCAGAGGAAGAGGUGGAAGAAGAGCUCAAAGUCAAAAUUGGAAUCAAAGUUAUGGCAGUAACUGGAACCAGGGUUAUGGGAGUCAAGGAUACGGCUAUCAGCAAGGUUAUGAUGGCUAUGGAGGCUAUGAUUAUUCAGGAUAUGGGUAUUUUGGAUAUGGACCGGGCUAUGAUUACAGUCAAGGCAGUUCAAAUUAUGGAAAGGCUCCAAGACGUGGUCAUCAGAAUAACUACAAGCCAUAUUGAUCAAAGGUAUUCAGGUAUGCAGUGGCAUGCUGUAAUGCAGGACUGCUGCAUAGGUUUUGUACUUAAUGCUGUAGAUGGACAUUACAAUUAUGUACCAAAUUUAACUUUACAAUAAAUUUCUAUGGCCUGUUAAGUGUAUCAGAAGAGCUCCCUGGAAACGUCUUUGUUUAAUAUUUACAGAUAAUAGUUGUCUAGACAGUGUGGUGUGUAAAUUUCAGCCUUGCUGAAGAUUAAUGAUUUUAUGGAUAGGUUAGAUUGAAGCUGAUUUUGAGGGUCUGCUUAAAGCUGCAGCUCUGCAUCU